GUAAAGAACAAAAGAUUACCGCAAAUCAUUCUAUUAAAAAGGUGCAAUAAAGUCAGACGCCAGGACAUACGCCACUUAUAAAGAAAUUCAGAACAAGGAUAUAAUCUUGGGUGUGCGCAGCAAUAGACAAGAGAAGCAAGAACAACAAAAGUCAACGGAAAGACAGAAUAACAACUUUGGCAAUAAGACUGUUGAAAUUAUGGCAAGCGAUUUGAGCGGCAUUGUCGAGUCAUCGUUUCCCACGGGAGCCCUGGUACCAAAAGCGGAGACUGGUGUGCUGAAUUUCUUGCAAAAGUAUCCCAACUACGAUGGCCGGGAUGUGACUAUAGCUAUUUUUGAUUCCGGCGUAGAUCCACGCGCUACGGGACUUGAGACGCUUUGCGAUGGCAAAACGCUUAAAGUUAUUGAGCGUUUUGACUGCUCCGGCUGCGGUGAUGUGAGUAUGUCAAAGGUGAAGCCUGAUGAGAAUGGUAGCUUCAAGGGUUUGUCCGGACGCACGCUUAAGCUUAGCGCUGAGCUGUUGGCGCUUAACACAGACAAGGAGCGCGUUGUGCGUGUGGGUUUGAAGAGCUUCAAUGAUUUGGUGCCCUCCAAGGUGCGCGAUAAUAUUGUGGCACAGGCCAAGUUCAAAGGCUGGGACAAGCCACACAAGACAGCAACGGCAAACGCCAGUCGUAAAAUUGUAGAAUUUGAAGCGCAGAAUCCUGGUGAGGGAUCUAAAUUGCCCUGGGAUAAGAAGAUCAUCAAGGAGAAUCUGGAUUACGAGCUGGAAAUGCUCAACAGCUAUGAGAAACUAUACAAUGACAUAAAGACGUCCUACGACUGCGUCCUGUUUCCCACUGCCGAGGGGUGGCUAGCACUUAUAGACACCGCAGAGCAGGGUGAUCUUGAUAAAGCGCUGCGCAUUGGCGAGUACUCAAAGACGCAUGAGACAAAGAAUGUGGAUGAUUUUCUGUCUAUUUCCAUCAAUGUGCAUGAUGAGGGCAAUGUGCUCGAAAUUGUGGGCAUGUGCUCUCCUCAUGGCACGCAUGUGGCUUCUAUCGCCAGCGGCAAUCACAGCUCAAGAGAUAUUGACGGCGUUGCACCCAAUGCUAAGAUUGUCUCUAUUACAAUUGGCGAUGGACGUCUGGGGUCUAUGGAGACGGGCACUGCGCUGGUGCGCGGCAUGAUGAAGGUUAUGGAGCUCUGCCGCGAGGGGCGUCAAAUUGAUGUCAUUAACAUGAGCUACGGCGAGCAUGCCAAUUGGUCUAAUUCCGGUCGUAUUGGCGAGCUGAUGAAUGAAAUUGUCAACAAAUACGGUGUAGUCUGGAUUGCCUCAGCCGGCAAUCAUGGACCUGCGCUAAGCACUGUGGGCACACCGCCAGACAUCAGCCAGCCCAGCUUGAUAGGUGUGGGCGCGUAUGUCUCGCCACAAAUGAUGGAGGCGGAGUAUGCCAUGCGUGAGAAGCUGCCCGGCAAUGUAUAUACCUGGACCUCCAGAGAUCCCUGCAUAGACGGCGGUCAGGGAGUAACAGUAUGUGCGCCAGGUGGCGCCAUCACUUCUGUGCCACAGUUUACCAUGAGCAAGUCGCAGCUAAUGAAUGGCACCAGUAUGGCGGCACCACAUGUAGCAGGAGCAGUGGCUCUACUCAUUUCCGGGCUCAAACAACAAGGUAUUGCGUAUUCACCGUAUAGUAUUAAACGCGCUAUUAGCGUUACUGCCACCAAGCUGGGCUAUGUGGAUCCCUUUGCUCAAGGACAUGGACUGCUGAAUGUUGAAAAGGCAUUUGACCAUCUGCUGGAGCAUCGCCAGGCCACGGAUAAUAUGCUGAGGUACUCGGUGCGCGUGGGCGCCAACCAAGCCAAGGGUAUUCAUCUUCGCGAAGGCGUGCAGCAAAAGUUUGUGGACUACAAUGUGCAUAUCGAGCCUGUCUACUUUAAUGACAAGGAAGCCGAACCCAAGGAUAAAUGCAACUUUAAUGUGCGUUUAAAUCUAGUUCCCUCCCAACCGUGGGUGCAAUGCGGCGCCUUUUUGGAUCUUUGCUACGGCACACGCUCCAUUGUGGUGCGCAUAGAUCCCACAAGCCUGCAGCCAGGCGUACAUAGUGCGGUCGUACGUGCCUAUGAUACGUCGAAUGUGCAAAAGGGAGUGCUCUUUGAGAUACCCGUGACUGUAGUGCAGCCGCAUGUGCUGGACAAUGUGCAAGUGACGCCAGUCUUUGAGCCGGCUUCAAUGCGGCCCGACAAGAGCGUAGAGUUCCAACCCAAUACCAUACAAAGGGACUUUAUACUGGUGCCGCAUAAGGCUACAUGGGCUGUGCUGCGCAUGCGCCUUACCGAUCCAAACCGCGGCAAUGACAUUGGCAAGUUCUUCCUGCAUACCAAUCAGCUGCUGCCCAAGCAAUCUUGCCGUAAACUGGAAACCAUGAAGAUAAUUGGCGUCAACUCGGAGUUCGAGGCUAUAACCACAUUUCGCGUAAAGGCCAAUAAUAUAUUGGAGCUGUGCAUUGCCAAGUACUGGUCGAAUCAUGGCCAGAGCCACUUACAGUAUAGCCUGGUGUUCCAUGGCGUGGAAGCUGUUAAUCCCAAUGCCUAUGUCAUGCACGCUGGACGUGGCAUACACAAGCUGGAAAUUGAUGCGCUUGUCUCCGAGGAGAUUCAACCAUUGCUGCAGCUUAAGAACGCCGCAGUAGUGCUCAAGCCCACAGAGGCCAAGAUAUCGCCAUUGAGCGCUACACGCGAUGUCAUACCAGAUGGACGUCAGAUCUAUCAGAGUGUGCUGGUGUAUAAUCUGAAUAUCGCGAAAGCAGCAGAAGUAGCGCUCUAUGCUCCGCUAUUCAAUGAUAUUCUGUAUGAGGCAGAGUUUGAAUCCCAAAUGUGGAUGUUGUUCGAUGUAAACAAAGCACUUUUGGCCACCGGCGAUGCGCACUCGCAUACGUUCUUUACCAAGCUGGAAAAAGGCGAGUAUACGGUGCGACUGCAGGUGCGACACGAGAAGCGCGAGCUGCUUGAGAAGAUUGCCGAGGCCAAUAUGGUUGCUUCCUAUAAGCUGGCCAAUUUGAUCUCGCUGGAUAUGCAUGACAGCUAUAAUCAGUGCAUUGUGAGUGGGCGCAAGUUCACCACGUCCACGGUGCGUGGGGCCACCAAGCUGCUCUACAUAGCGCCUUUAACACAGGAGCGUCUGAACAAGGCCAAUCUUCCAGCGCACUGCGCAUGGUUAAGCGGUAAUCUGGUAUUCCCCAAGGACGAGGCUGGCCGACGUGUGGCACUGCAUCAGUUCACUUACGUGCUUAAUCCUGCCGAAAAGAAACCGCCCUCAAAUGGCGCAGCUAAUGGUGCCAGCUCCAGCAAUGCUAGCCCUGUAGCCGCUGCUGCCGUUAGCGCUAAUGGAGCCAAGCCCAAGGCCACAGGCACACCAGAACCCGCAAGCACAGCCAGCAGCACAGCUGGCGGCGACGGCAACACAGUCCAAGCAGAUGCGCCCGCUAAUGGCACCAACGUAGCGCCAAGCUCGCCGCAAAAGGGCAAAGCCAGCGCGGAUGACUAUGCCGAAAGCUUGCGUGACUUCCAAUGCACUAACAUUGCCAAGUGUGAACUGGAGCAGGCUGAGAAGAUCUAUAACGAUGUAAUAGCCGCACAUCCCAAGCAUUUCCCAGCUCAUUUGCAGCUCAUACAGAAUAUUGAGUCCACAGAGCUAAAGGCACAGCUUCCAUUCGCCUUUGUUGCUGCACAGCAAAAGAAAUCCGGCGAGAGCGAUGCUGACAAGCAGAAGGAGGAGCUGCAGAAGCAGCGCAAUGCCUUGAGCCGCGUUAUGAAACUCGCAGAUAAUAUCAUCUGUGAGGUUGAUAAGGAUGCGCUGCUGAGUUUCUAUGGGCUCAAGAACGAUACGCGCUCAGAUGCAGCCAAGAUCAAGACUAACAUGGAUAAGCAGAAGAAUAAUCUCAUUGAAGCGUUGAGCAAAAAGGGCAUUGCCAUGGUCAAGAUGUGUGUGCUGGAAAACACUGUUGACAAUGCCGAUAAUUUAUCUGGGCUCAACGAUGUUUACACGGAGGUUAUCAAGUUUGUGGAUGCCAUGGAUUCGAAAGUAAUUCAGCUUUCCAUUUGGCACGCCUAUGCGCACAAACAUUACGGCCGUAUGUAUAAAUACGUAACAAAGCUGAUUGAGGAAAAACGCACACGAGAGCAUUUUGAAGAAAUGGCUGCUAUUAACUGCGCCAUGGGUUAUGAUCAUACCAAGACUGUUAUUGAUCGCAUGACCGUUACAGCUUUUCCAUCUAGCUUCCGUUUAUUCUAAUCUUUUAUUUACACUAUUAAACACAGCUAGCAAAUGGAA